AUGAUUAAUUGUUCUUCUUUCAACAAAAAGGUGGGUCCAUCUGACUCUUAUCGAGAAAAGACACACAGGAAGAAUAACAGUCCUGGAAAUUCAGUGCAAUCAACCAAAGAAUCAAAGCGUUUGGGUUUUAAGGACAUGAACAACAUCCACCAGAAGCUUGGCUAUGGUGACCAGAUUUUGGUGAAAGAUCCAGAAAAUGAAGUAAAUGAAUACUUGAGUCGGGCUAUUGAUGCUCGCAGUGUGGAUCAGCUUCGUGCGGAACAUGUGAAGCCGAUCUCUCUCAAGUUUCUAAAGAAAGAAUAUGAGGAAAAGUACUCCAAAGUCCGUGAUGUUAUGUUUGGUUCUCAUUUGCUGUGUGUCCUUAUCGUUUUCCUAAUAAUCGUAGCCAUCCACAUUAUAAUUAUCCCAAGCUCAACCAUCUUCAGGUGCCUCUGUAUAAUUGGCAGUGUGUUUUUAUGCCUUCUACUAUUUGUGGUUCUUAUGGAAGGAGUUAAGCACACACCUUCUUGGAUAGCAUCAAUGGCCACCCAGAUUGCUGUGAAUCGCCUUGUUAACCAUACAGUUGUUAUACUGGCAGUUGUUAUGCUUUUUCUUGUAUCCUUUCUUGAUAUGUUUGCUUUGGAUAAUUCUAGCAUUGAAAAUUGCUUACAAAACCUGACUCUCUUUGACUACAAUUACACAUUGUUGGCUGACUUCAAUAUAACCUUAGGUAACGAGGGAAAUAUGUGUACCAAUUACUUGCCAAGUUCUCACUUUCCUGAGUACUUUACUUUCUCUGUUCUGAUGACGCUUAUCUGUAGCGCGUUGUUCCUACAAACUGGAAGUAUGUUCAAACUGGGUCUGACCAUCGUCAUAACAACGGCCUACAUCAUCAUUUUAUUCACAGUUCAAGUGAAUCUCUUCGACAACAAAGACAUCCUACUCAAGGCUAAUAUUGACCAAAAUGUCGAUGCUCCCAGUUAUACAAUUGACUUGAAAUAUGAAACAACAUUUGUAAUUCUUCUGUUAACCGUGAUCUUGUUCAUUCAUGCCCGACAAGUGGAAUCCACAGCCAGACUCGAUAGUCUUUGGAAAUGGCAGGCAAUGGAAGAAAUGGAACAAAUGAAGAAUUUGAAGGCAUACAACUUAAAACUGGUCUGCAACAUUUUGCCACUAAAUGUAGCUGAGCAUUUUCUCAAAAAUCAGUUCAAGAAAGACGAGGUAUGUAUUAAAAUAAAACUGGCUUUUUGUAUUGCAUUUUCAAGUCCAUUUUACUUUACUGUCAUCUUCAGUCUGCUCCCUAACUCCCCUCUGCUAUUCAGUCUGUGCCUUUUGCUCUUCUCCCUUGUCUCUCAUUUUGCUCACCGCCUUCUUCUAUCUCCUUACACUAGACUCCCUGCCUCUCAGUUUUUCCCAUCUCACUCCCCUCUCAGACCUACCAUCUGUUCCACUUUGCCCUCCUACAAGCUUUUCACUUUUUCCCCUUUCACUCCCCAUUAUCCAUUCCCUUUUGCUCCUCUCCCAGUCUUUCAUUCUAUGCCCUUUGCUCACCCCCACCCAGCUGUUAAGUUCAUCAUCCUUUGCAUUUCUCCAAACCAGUCAGUCUAUCCCGCUUGGGUCCACUCAACAUUGUUCAGUCUGGUUCCAUUCAGUUCUUUUCUAGUUAUUCAGACUACCCCACCAACUUUGCUCUUUAGUCUCUCCUCCAUUCUCCAUUCCCCUACACCCCCUUCCCAACAAUUCAGCCUGUCCCACUUUGCUGCCUUCCUUGCUCUUCACUCUGCUCCCAUUCCCUCCCCUCCUAACUGUUUAGGCUAUCCUCCUUUACUCACAUACCCACACUUUCAGUCCAUCUCCCCUCACUCGACUUCCAGUCCAUCCCUCUUCACACACCCCACCCUUUAG